AUGGUGAACAAACAACGUGCUCGGUCUCCGCCCAGCCCUCCACUCAACAAACCCGUAGGUAGCAAGCGCCAGACUCGAAGUGCUACGCGCGCGUCUUCGUUGAAGUUGGAGCACUGCGACGUAGAGUCACCAUCCCCGCUGGUGUACUUGCCCUUGAGCGUCGCGGCACAUCCACUAAACGCAUUCCCAUUCAACGAACAUGCGGCCAAGCAAAAACCGCUUGUAUGUAAAUGCUCUGCUGCCAGACCCGGUGUGAGUUGCUGACCUGCUGAUGGGUGGCUCGUCGGCUCCACGCGCCACUUCUGACCCGCCACAGGCCACCUUGCCUGUGAAGCCAACGUCAUGGACCCCUCCUUCACCCGCGCCGUCAGACUCGUGCCCGGAUUCAUCGGACAGUUCGCAGCGCUCUCAUCCUCUCUCGUCGCCAAGUGGGGCGAUGCCAUCUCGUACUCAGGCCUACUAUGCCACGGUCGAAAGGCUUACGUUGCCCGAGCUCGACGAGGAUGUCGAUCUCUGCUUCAUCGAAGACGAGAUUGUUCCGCGAGUAGUGAUCUGUAGCGCGUCUGACUUGGUGCACUCGGCACUUGGGUUCGACGCAACACAAUUCAAACGCCAGGCGCAGGAUGCUCUUGCGCGACCCGGACGAUCAGAAGUACAAGUCCUGUUCGACAAGGAUUGCCGACGCUCGCCGGAUCAACGGGUGGCAGAUUGGGUCUUACCACUCGCUGACUUUGUGAGUGCCAUAUCCUGAAUGACGACUUUGUCGAAGGCCAUAUGUCACGACUAUGAUCACAUCCCUCGCUUUGCAACUCGCAUCGUCGGUACAGGCAUCCGGUGGAUCCCAUCGGCAGAACAACUUGAAGGUCGCACACGCCGAACGGCAGGCUCGGUUGACCCUCGGAGGCGGCGCCUGCCGCCUCCAACAUGUGGAACGACAUCACUUUUUAACGUGCUGCGACGAGCUCGGGUCGGGGAACAAUGGAACUGGCACGCAUAGCAUGCUCGUCCCAUUGGCUUUCGGUGUCCGUCCGCCAAGCGACCUUUCGACUCUGACCGUUCCCCCUCUCAUCAAUGUCGUACUCGACCUGGCACGAGAUGCGCUCACGCAGCCGGCCCGCAUGUAUGCACCAGGCUUGGCUAUUCGUGACGACACAGCUUACUUCGUCGUUUUGGACCACGAGGGGUGCCGUAUUGCGAUCAUUCCCGAUUGCUGGGGCGAGGGCUUCGGCGAGCUCGCUUCGGUGCUCUCCGUCCUGCUUGGACUGGAGGUCUACUCGGCCGGACUGUCCCCUCUGUUUCGCUACGCGCAUCACCCCAAGACCGGCAUCGCUCCCGUCGCUUUCCGUACACUAUACCUUCGACCAUCCGAGCUUGAAGCAGAUGCUCCCCUGGUCGGUCGCACCGUCGAGUUCGUCGCCGAGGAGCCUGUCAAGCUCGUCGACUGUCGAGUCGCAGGGGGCAGCUCCAUCUUUGGACGCUGCACGGUCAUCUUCGAGCUGACGCGUCCCAGCUUGGUGCAAGGGUCAUUGUCGACGUCAGGUCUGUCGCCGUCGUUCGUGCUCAAGAUCCAGCACAUCAAUCAGAAGUCUAAAGGCUGCGAAGCCGAUGUCCUGGACAAGAUCGUCCAGUGUCGCACUUCCCACGCCCCCUCGGCUUCGUCGCUGCUCAUCGAACGACACGUCCCGUUACCCGAGAAGGCCACGUCGCUCGGUCUACAUCGAUCACAAAUGGACGACAGCGCCUUGCCCGUACUCAUGGACCCGGUCGAUCCUGAACGACGCCUGCGAGAGUCGUGUCGGAGUACACUCGACUUGCUGAUCGUGCGCAAUCCUACGCCGCUACCGAUCCGCGUCGACACUGGCCGCGGUCCUCAGCACAAACUCUCCCAGGCCUGCGAGGUCUUUGACCAGCUCCUCACGCUUCUGCCCGCGCUCUGGGAUCUCGGCAUCCACCAUCGUGAUUUGUCCCUCGGCAACGUCCUUCACUACCAAGGCCAUCUUGUUCUGGUCGACUGGGACACAGGCAUCGUUGCGCAACCGGGUACACGCGUCCCUAUCGCUGCCGACGUCGGCGGCUCGUUCAGGAUCACCGAUGCCACCGCUUCCCAGGAGGUCUUAAAUUACCCGAGGGGUUUGGUGAACGGUUGCUACAAGGUCCCCCCGCAUGCCCUUCGCCACGACUUCGAGUCCUCCGUCUAUUGGUUCCUCCACGUUCUGGACUGGUUCAUCGGUGAAUCGGUCUCGGCCGAGUUGUGGGAGGGACUACAACUCCGCCCACUGUCGAACGAAGCGACCUUACCCCUCGCUCGCGCACGCCUGGAGCUCUGGGAGGGUGGGUACUGUCCCGAAGUACGCCAAGCGUUUCUCGAGGAUCUGGCAAAUGUGGAUAGUGGGCUCCACGAUUUGGUCAAAUUCAUGACGUGCGCUCAUCCGGGCAGCCUCCCCCCGUUCGCCACCGGUGACAGGCGGCACCACCGCUGUGUCAAGCAGAAGAUGGUGCAGGUGCAGGCCGAGUUGCGACGCAUGCUGGAGGGGGCGCAGCAGCCUGAUUAUGGUGGUGUUCUGGGUCGUUAUCACAGGUUACUGAAACUGCAGUAG